CGGCCGUAGCCGCCCGUAAGUAAGUUGUCAAGCCGGUACACCAUGCUGACUGUGUUCACACGUGUCUCGUGCAUGUCGCGUAUGUUGUGGGCGGAAGCGAGGUUGGUAAGAAGCUUCACUAGUUCGGCUGACGACUGAGCCCCGCAUGUGUAAGCCCCACCUUCGAUUCCUCUAUUCUACAAAAGCCGAGUGCGUGGCCCUUCCUUCAGAAAUUGACUGUGUACACUGAAUUAUCAAGGUGGGAGGAGAGUACUACGUAUCCGACGAUCUGUAUUGGAUAUUUCAAAAGCCACCAUGGGGUCCAUCACAAUAGUGUCGAAGCUCGACAUUGAAACCUACAAAGGCAACAUCAUCAACAAUGAAUUCGUCCCAACACCGGAGACUCGCCACUCCAUCAACCCAGCAACUGGCAAAGCUCUCUAUGAGGUCCCUGUAGCCCGGAAGGAAGACCUCGACACCGCUGUCCAAAAUGCCAGAGCUGCAUUCAAGUCAUGGAGCGCAACACCCUUCUCAGAACGCGCAAAUCUGCUACUGAAGUAUGCGGAUUUGAUCGAAGCCAACCGCGACCAGCUGGAGAAGCUUCUGACCACCGAGCAGGGUAAGCCGCUCUCACUCUCCCAUACCGAGGUCGAUAACGCCUUGCACUGGCUUCGUACCUUCGCCACCAUGGAGGUCAAAGAUGAGGUACUGAAAGAAGACGACGAGAAGAUAGUAUACUCAACCUACCCACCGAUCGGCGUCUGCGCAGGCAUCGUGCCCUGGAACUGGCCCAUCCUGCUUGGUUUAGGUAAAGUCGGUCCCGCACUCAUCACAGGCAACACCUUUAUCAUGAAGCCUUCGCCCUACACACCCUACUGCGACCUCAAGCUGGGUGAGCUGGCGGCCCAAGUCUUCCCUCCAGGCGUCGUACAAGUUCUCUCCGGCGACGACAACCUCGGCCCCUGGAUCACGGAGCACCCCGGAAUCGACAAGAUCGCAUUCACCGGCUCAACCGCGACUGGAAAGCUGGUUGCCGCAAGCUGCGCUAAGACACUUAAGCGCUACGUGCUCGAGCUGGGUGGCAACGAUGCAGCGAUUGUGUGCGAGGACGUUGACAUCGACAAGUGUCUACCAAAGAUCGCGAUGAUGAGUUUCUUAAACUCGGGCCAGAUUUGUAUGUUGACUAAGCGGAUCUAUAUCCAUGAGAAGAUCUACGAUGAGUUCAGGGAUAAGAUGGUGGAGUUCACAAAGGGGAAUAUUAAGACUGGUGCAGGGACUGAGGAGGGUGUUGUGGUCGGGCCGGUGCAGAAUAAGAUGCAAUUCGACAAGGUCAAAGAUCUGUAUGAUGAGAUUGAGAGGAGCAACUGGAAGACUGCGCUGUCUGGACAGGCUGGCGAGUUCGAGCAUGGCUACUUCAUCACUCCGGCGAUUAUCGACAACCCGCCCGAGGAUUCGCGUAUCGUGCAAGAGGAGCCUUUUGGCCCCAUCGUACCUCUGCUCAAAUGGUCGGAUGAAGUAGAUGUGAUUGACCGCGCGAAUGCACUGAAGUCCGGCCUCGGAGCGUCUGUGUGGGCUAAGGACGUGAAGCGUGCUGAGCGGAUGGCGAGGCAGCUGUCCGCAGGUAGCGUCUGGGUGAACUCACACUUCGAUGUGGCUCCUGACGUGCCCUUCGGUGGUCACAAGGAAUCAGGCAUCGGCAUGGAAUGGGGUAUCGAAGGACUAAAGCACUAUUGCAACAGUCGUAGCCUGUGGGUGUGGAAGCGUGUGUUCCAGUGAGUAGACCGCAGAAGCUUCAUUACAUGUAGCGUACUGGCCAAUUGACUCAGUGUAAAACAACCUUG